AAUGACCGGGGAGAUUUCCGGGAUAUUUUCACUAUAAAUGAAAUUUAUGUUAUUGUUUUGAUGAUGAUGAUGUAUAUGGUAGAUCGUUCACACUGAAAUUAUUUUUUUUUUCUCUUUGUCGUAUGAAUCUUUUUCCUUCUUCUUCACUGGGUUUAAAUAUUCAUUUUGUGUAGAAAAUCUUUCACCCCAAAAAAAAAAGGAGGGAAUGGAGCUCCCUGUUGAGCUUGAUUUUCUCCUUUUUGCUUGGUUUCUUUUUCUUUUUUAUCUCUUCUUUUUAUCUCUUCCUUUUCUUUUUUGUUUAAUUUCCUUUUUUUUUAUUUUAUUUAUCAAUUUGACUUUAUUAAUAUGACUGAUCAAAACAAUGGCGCGUCAUCUGGUAUCACUGUUGUACGAAAAAAACUUCUAGGUUAUGUUGGUUUUGCUAAUUUACCUAAUCAAGUUCAUCGCAAGUCUGUAAAGAAAGGUUUUGAAUUCACUGCUAUGGUUGUAGGUGAAUCUGGACUUGGAAAAUCAACUCUUGUGAAUACUCUUUUCAAUACUCAAUUAUAUCCUCCAAAGGAAAAUGUAGAAUUGACUCAUGAAACUCCUCAAACUGUUGAAGUUCAAUCUAUUACCUCUGAUAUUGAAGAAAAUGGUGUCAAACUUCGAUUAACUGUAGUUGAUACUCCUGGUUUUGGUGAUUUUGUAAACAAUGAAGAAAGUUGGAAACCUAUUCUUGAUAGUAUUGAAUCACGUUUUGAUGCUUAUUUGGAACAAGAAAAUCGUGUGAAUCGUCGUAAAUUAGUGGAUAAUCGUAUUCAUGCUUGUAUUUACUUUAUCACUCCUACUGGGCAUGCGUUGAAACCGUUGGAUAUUGAAUUUAUGCGCCGAUUACAUACCCGUGUCAACUUGAUUCCUGUUAUUGCCAAAGCUGAUACUUUGACCGAAGAAGAAGUGGCUGCAUUCAAAGAACGUAUUUUGGCUGAUAUCAAUUAUCACAAUAUUCAAAUCUAUCAAGCUCCUGCUUAUGAAUAUGAUGAUGAAGAAACUAUUGCUGAAAAUAGAGAAAUCAUGUCUAAAAUUCCAUUUGCUGUUGUUGGCUCUGAUAAAGAAUUUGAAGUGGAGGGUCGCCGUGUCCGUGGUCGUAGUUAUCCUUGGGGUGUUAUUGAAGUGGAUAAUGAAGAUCAUUGUGAUUUUGUCAAACUUCGUCAAAUGUUGAUUCGUACUCAUAUGGAAGAAUUAAAGGAAUACACCAAUGAUGUUUUGUAUGAAAACUAUCGUACUGAAAAGUUGUCUGCUAUGGGUAUUCAACAAGAUCCUACUGUCUUUAAGGAAGUCAAUCCUGUACAAAAGAUGGAAGAAGAACGUAUGGCUCAUGAACAAAAAUUAUCCAAGAUGGAAGCUGAAAUGAAGGCUGUGUUCCAAGCCAAGGUGCAAGAAAAGGAAGCCAAACUCAAGUCCUCCGAAGAAGAGUUAUACGCUCGUCAUAAGGAAAUGAAGGAAGCUCUCGAUAAACAACGCUUGGAUUUAGAAGAAAAGAAACGUCGUAUGGAAUCUGGAAGACCAAUGACCCCUGAAAAGACAAAGAAGAAAGGAUUCUCAUUCAACAAGUAGUUAGUUUUUUUUUUUUAUCAAGAAAAAGUUUUAUGUUUAUAUGAUUAGAAUCAAUUCUUUUAUUUUAUUUUAUUUUAACUCCAUAUUUACUUUUAUUUCCCUCCACCUUCUCUAUCUCUCCCCUCCCUUAUUUUUUUUUUUUUUUGAUUACCACGCCACCAUCGUAAUUCUCUUUUUAUUUCGAUCAUAAUACCUUAUUUAUCCCCUUCUUUUUUUUUUUAGGUCAUUAGUUUAUAUCUUCUUUUUGAUAUCAAACAAUAAAAAUAACAACAUGUUCGCUUUUU